UCAACCCUAUACGUAUACAUUCGACUCCCCCAAGCCCACGGCACUGCUUUUGUGCUUGAAAUGCAAGGCAAAUUGCUAUAUUCUCUGAUCCCUUGACAAAUUUAGUCGGCCUUAGGUGAAGAAGCUUAUGGGAGAUUACAUUGAUCAAACUAUUCAACCAUUGCCCUGGAUAGGUUUGUAUGCUGCUGCAGCCUCUUUGAUCUGCACGCUCUCAAUGGCUGCUGAUGCCGUCCACGCAGUCCGGUGUAAAAAGUUCUGGUUCCCAUGCAAGUUUUUUACUCUCAACGCAAUGACCUUGACGUUGUUAGGUGUAGGAACGAAGCUCACAGUUGACCUUAACACUCCGAUGGAGGGUACUAGAGAUCAGCUCUCAAAGCUUAGCAGCACAAUUUUCAUGACUUCUGUAAUGGGUAAUUCUCUAACCUCCUUGGGAGCCAUGGAUGACCAAGAAAUGUUAAUGAGUCUCAUGGCCUUAGUUAUUCUAGUGGUCACAGCCAUUGUAAAUAUCUGCAUAGAAAUUCGUCUUAAUGUGGCAGAUUACUCUUUAUGGACUGAAUACAUUUUGGCCACAACUGUCAUGUUUAUCAUGUUACUGAUAUUUGUUUCUUCCGCUUUAUCUGUUCCAAUUGUCAAGGAACAUAUCAAAGCUCAGUACCAAGAAAUGGACCAAACAGCUUUGAAUGAUGAAAAUGCCCAAAAUGGGACAUUCUCAGCUGAGAAUGUAAAAUCAGUAAUUAGAAGGUAUUGGGUGAUGGCAGCAACGGGUAACCCCCAAUUUGUGAUGGCACGUUCUGCAACCUCCACCACUUGUGGAGCAAUCUGUCUACUAAGCGCCCUUACUCUAGGUGAAGCAAUAAUUCGUAUUUCCAAUCUCUAUGGAUUACACAGUUCUUCCGAUUAUCAUUGGUCAACCAUGUGUAUUCUGGUGGUUCAGUCUGUUGGAAUUGCUGUUGGUACCAUUGCCCCUACGUUUAGAUGGUUCACUGCUGCAAUUUUGAAAUGCUUAGAAAAACGCAGAAAAGGCAACAAAUUUGAGUUGAAAAUUGAGACAUAUUGGACGCAACAGCUGGAAUAUUGGCAGGAAAGCCGCAUACCUUUUUCAAUCCGGGGUAUUAAGGGCAGAAAACUUGUUUACAAUAUAAGAUAUAUCAUUUUAAGUCUAUGCAUAAAAGUUCAGAUUAUGAUUGUCGGGGCCGGUAAAUUCAUUCAGCUAUUAUCUGCUAGCCUCUUGAGCUUCUUCAAGCUGUUGCUAUCUCGUAUCAAGAUACUCAGGGUUGAAUCUGAAUUUGAUUCUUCUGCCUCAACUGAUCAAAGGCAUCAAGAUCCUAAAUAUGGUGAGGAACAAAAUCUUAGCCCUUACAUUCUACUACUUGAAGGGGAGAUAGAACUGCCCAGACAAACCUUGAAGAUAGUUUUCUGUGAGGUGGAUGAAUUGAUCCUCAAAGGGAAAAAACAGCAACCAAAGUAUUUACUUGAGCUUCUGGGAAAAUCUCAAGGCUUUCAUGGGGUAGCAGAUUUCGAUAAUGAACAAGUUCCAAGUUUGUGUUCUAAAGACCCUCCUAAUUGCUGGACUCUACCUGUAGUGACCCUAGCAAGCAUUGCCAUUGCACUUCCCAACAUUCAGAAUGACAAAGCUGAUCGGUUGCUAAGAAGCGUCAGUGAAGGCCUCCGCUUUGCAAACAUGAUAGUGAAGCACCAGAAUAACAGAAAGGAAUUCAUCAACAUCUGCAACGCAGCAGAUUUGGUGUGGGUUGGGCUUGAACUCUAUCACAAGUGGUUGGAGGAAGAUAUUAACAGUCUUGAAGGGAAAACAUCCCCAGAAGUUCUUGAAGGCCUUGCCAAAGUAGCUGAAAGGAAUCUUAUUGAGUUCAAGGCAAGUAAACAUGGAAAGCUGCCUGAUAAUCCACUUCAAUGGCCUUUAAAGGUCAUAGCAGCUAAUUCAUUGUACAGAAUUAGCAAAACUAUGUUGCUGUACUAUCAAGGAGGCAAUGAUCUUACGGAUGAACAAUUAUUUGCAAAAAUAUCUAUCAUGAUUGCAGAUAUUUUUUUGGCUUGCCUUGCCAGUUUACCACAUAUUAUAUCUAUGAAGUGCCACUCUGAUGCGGUUGAAAAGAGGGAGAGAAGCAUCCGUCAAGCUGCUAUUCUCCUGGGUGAGUCUGAAAAAAUUCUUGAAAUUCUUCAUGAACAGUGUGAAUUAUCAGGCUUCACUCCCGAUCCUGCAGCAGAUAUUUAUCAGUGGCGUCUUUUAGUCAAUCAGAGAAAUUUAUUUGCUUCAAAUUCUUUAUCCAACGAUAAUGCAACUCACAGGCAAGCCGGUGAAGAUGAUGUGUAACUGAAAUAAAAGCCUGAGUAGAGGCAUUAAAGACAACAUACAUGAUAUCAACAUAUGUAUUUCCUCUUUCUUAGAUAGAACAGUUGAAUUCUUGCCAUUCUUUAGGAUGAUACAGGUUCUGAAUCUAAGGGUUAUCGAUUAUUAAUUUGCAUACAAUUCUGGUUUGUUCUAGCAAUGUAUGGAAAAUCAAGUUCUAGUAGUAAUACCAAUACCAUGUUGCCUGGACCCUUGACCUCCGAGCGCAUAAAUCCAAUUGGAAAUGUCUUCAUUGAAGCAGGAAACAAUCUUGUGAAAAAUGAAUUUGGUGCAUACGGCGAGAAAAUCUUUGGGUCAAGUUCAUCAUUUCUUCAAAGCAAUUAUGUAAGCAGACACCUCUCAAAUCCCCAAUACUAUUUGGAAGUGAAUGAUGACUACGUGAAGAAUAAAAUCAAGAUGAUUCUCUUUCCUUUUCUGCACAAGGGACACUGGAUAAGAGCAACUGAGAUGGUUGGAGGUGAAAUUUUGUACAAACCUCCAUAUUGUGAUAUUAAUGCGCCUGAUCUAUACAUCCCCAUGAUGGCAUUUGGCACUUGCAUGGUUCUUGCUGGCUUCUUUUUGGGCAUCAAUGGAAACUUUAGCCCUGAAGCUUUGGGAGUGCAUUUUACAACUGCAUUACUCUGUUGGAUAUUGUAAGUUCUACUACUCGGGGCCACAUUGCAUUCUCUAGGAGGCGGAGGAGAUAUUCCAUUGCUCGGCUUGGUUGCUUAUGGUGGAUGCAUUUUUACAGCAGCAUCUGUAAUUAUCAGUUCUAAACAACCAGGGAAUCUGAAAGAAUGUCAAAUCCUUUGUCAAAUCUUUGGAUCCAAAAGCAAAGUGGUGGCUGAUAUUUUCCAUGGUUUCCGUCACAAGAAGCUCUGGUUUCCUACCAAAUACUCUGCCCUGAAUGCUGCUUCACUAACAGUGUUAGGAGUGGCAUUGAAGCUGUCUGCAGACUUGAAUAAUCCAAUGCCUGGCAGUUCUGAUCAGCUAACAAAGCUGAGUGGUAAUGGUUUUCCUGUGUACCUCAAUGUGCGUGUUCUUGCUUUCUUUAGGGCCAUUGAAUAAUAUUGAAACUUGGACGAACCUAGCUGCAUUAGGUAUCCUGGUCAUCACCACUUUCGUGGAUAUCUGCAUCCAAUUAGGAACCGAGGUAAUUAACUUCCUAAAGUAGAGUAUAUCAUUGUUAUUUUAGUCGCUAUUCUUAAUCAUAUUACUUUGUUCCACUGCUAUCGCAAUUCCAACCACUAAAGCAUAUAUUCAACACAAGUACUCUGAACUACACAGCUCGAUUUUAAGUGAAUCAGAAGAAAGCAGGAAGCUUACAGCCGAGGUGCUGAAAAUACUGGAUGAUGGCUGAAACUGGGGCCCCCAAUUUGUGAUUGCUCGCUCUGUGACCUGCUUUGCUUCAGGGGUAAUCUCUUUUUCCUAGGCUGCCACCCUAACUGAAGCAGUUUUUAGAACGUAUCUACAUGUUUGGGAGAUAGUUGGCAAUGGUAGUUAUACUGAUUAUAGAGAUGCCAUCUAUAUUAUAUGCAUUAUUCAGUCUCUUGGGGUGAUUAUGGCAACUUUUAUCUCGGUAAACCAAUGGUUUACCCUAACAAAAUUCAAGUGGUUAGCGGAAGGCAACGACAUAUGCUGGUACAGUUUGAGAAUACCAAAUUUCUGGAUACAGAGACUAGAAGAAUGGGAGGAAAGUCCUUUAUCCGUUCAAGUUCGUGGACGGAAGCGCAAGAAAUUCGCUCAACGAGCAAAGAUUCUUGUUCUUAACAUCUGUAUUGCAGUCCAGAAAGGUAUCAUAGUAGUAAGCAAAAGCUUGCAAACGUCUUCUAUCUUGUGUCCAAGUUUUGUAUUGUCAUUUCUUAACUGCUGCAAGAGACAACUUAACCCGAGUUCUGCUGCGUCAAACAAUCAGAACGGAUCAGUUCCAGAGUCUAGAAGUGACCCAGAUCUUGGCCCUUAUAUUUUAUUGCUUGAAGACGACCCAAAAUUGCCCAACAGAGUCCUGGAUAGAAUAUCUUCGGGUGUUAAUCAAUUCAUUCUGACUGGUAAAAGGAAACAACCCAAAAGUUUAGGUCAGCUUCUCAUGAAAUCUACAGGCCUCAAGGGGUUGAUAGAGUUUGACAAGGACCAAAUUCUCAACUUGAAUGCAAAAGAGCCUCCUAAUUCCUGGACAUUGCCUUUAAUCACAUUAACAAGCAUUGCAAUUGCACUUCCCAACAACGAAGCUGACCUUGCAGCCGAAUUGCAACGAUCUGUGAGGGAAGGUCUCUUGCAUGCUGAGAAAAGCCCGGGCACACAUGAGAAACUAACAAAUUUCAGAAAUGCAGCAGAUGCUGUAUGGGUAGGAGUUGAACUUCACUUCAAGGGGCUGAACGUGGAUCUCCUACAAGUUACAAAUGACUCGAAAAAAUCAUGAAUCCUUUGAUGCACUUUAUUGCUUAUCCGAUGUUGCAGAACACACUUUCAAAGAGUUCAAAAGAAAAUAUAAUGGCAGCCUGAUGAAGAAUCCUCUUAACUGGCCUUUGAAGUUAAUUGCUGCUAACUCAAUGGACAGAAUCAGCCAAACCAUUUCACUGGGCUUCAGAUAAGACAGUCCGCCUUCAGAUGUGACCAAAUAUCCAUCAUGAUUGCAGACAUUUUGGCUGCUUGCCUCACCAAUUUACCACGAGUGAUAAACUGUGAAGUGUUAGGCUGACAGCACGAUUAAGGAAAGGGUGGCGAGCGUGCGUGAUGCAGCUCUUCUUCUGAAGGUAUUAUAAAAAUUCUUGAUGGACGUGACGUUCCAACUCUGGAUCCUAGUCAAGCCGCAUAUAUUGAUGAGUGGCGCAUUGCAAUCGAGCCAGAAAAUGUAUCAUCUUAACCUCGGAUAGAUGAAGCACGCUUCAUUUCUCUUAGUAUAGUACCCCAUUGCCUUGAUUAGGAGACAGCAUCAUCACGAAUUUACAUUAAUCUCAGGCCGUUUAACCCAAUUGGUUCCAAGAAUUAAGAGACUGAAUUCCAUUUAUGCUCUCCAAA